AUGAGUCAAGAAAAGGCUCCCGGAGAUGGGAGCCGCAUCGAACCUAAUCCUGAAGCAAGUGCCAGAAAACAGAGUCCUCUAAACCAGCCGACCGCUCAGAAAUCGUGCAGCUCCCACAAAACGGACGUACCUGUGGAGGCCCUUUUCAAAUAUGCCAGCAUUGGUUUCUUGUUUUCAAUAAGAAAUAAACAAAAAUAAACGUUUCAGGUGGUGGAAGGCCUAAGCCGAAGACGUUUCCUAGUGAGUUAUAAUGUAGAAUUUGAAUUUAUUCUGAAGUUUCAGCCCCAAGGCCGGCGCCAAUGAACACACUCUCGAUGGAACAUGCGACGGAAGUGCGAAGGAUGACGAGAAUUCCGAAUUGGAAACGAGAUUAUGAUGGUUUUGAGAUGAUAUUUCUGAAAAAUAUGUAUUUUUUUGAAGGACCUCCACAAAAUCCUCGCUGGAAUCAGGGCUACAAUCAGAGUCGGUUUUUUUAUUUCUAGGCUUUUUUUCUCUAUUUUAUUUGAAAUUUCUAUACCAAGUAGUUGAAAUUUGUGCAUUAUUUUUUACUGCGACGUUUAAAGGAUCAUAAGCUAGUUCAAUAAAGAUUUUUAAGGCGAAAAGGGGUUUUCAAAAAUUUUUUAUUUCUUUCUGCGCCUUUGAACGUUUUUUUAAACGAUUUUCGGUUAGGGCAAAAGGGUUGGCAAGUGAGAGAGUGUAGAGCUGAGGAGAGGGCAGACGAAGGGAUUCCUGCGUCUCUUCGGCUCCCGUUGAUCUCUAGCUUGCUUUGAGAGAUUUUGAGAACUAACAUAACUUUUUUUAACAGGUUUUUUGUCAUUUUCAUUUAAUUUUUCUCUGAAAAAUCCACUAAUGUCUUCCGAAAAUCUAAGACCCAUUCUUCAUAAGCGGGCUCAACAAGGUACGCCCGCUGAGAGCCCGUCUGACGAGAGUUUCAGCCGAGAAAAAAAAAAUCAGAUUUCACCAUCAUUUUUUUGCAAAAAGGUACUAGGUUUUAAUUCGAAUUGUACUGGGAAAAUUUUUAGAGGCCACUAUAGGGUUUUGACGUUCUAUUGGUCACUAUAGUAGCCAAAAUAGUGGCCACUUGAGGAGUUAAAAGUUAGUGGCCACUAUAGAGGUCUAUGUUCUACUACUAGAUCACUAAAAAUUUUAGUGGCCCUUAUUGAGGUAAAGAUCAGAAUUUAUCGGAUCUAAAUAUCAUUUUUCUGCUUCAAGACGAACCCCCGCCGAUUUUCUUCAACCCUCCACGUCAUCAUUCUCUCCCAACGACCCAUAUCCGCUACGAGAAGAACAAGCACACGACCAACAUCGCCGAAAAGGAAAAGGCGACUUUGAUGCUCCGGAAAGCCGCCGCAGAAAGUCCCCUCGAGGAGCUUCCGGAGAUCCCCCACCCGUUGGUUUUAUGAAUGAAAAAAGGGAAUGUCUCUGGUCCUAGUGGGACUUCCGAUUGAGAAUAUUUUACUAGAUGUUGGGGUCAGGCCCUUUAGGGAUCAUCUAAACUUUACAUUUAAAGGGACACCUUUUAGUCCUCUAUCGGAUCUCUUUUCUCCCCUAACCCUUAUAAGGGUCACUCUGGCGUUUCUAAGAUGGUCUCUGAACGCAGUGGGACUUCCGAUUGAGACCAAGUAGACUAGAUGUUGGGACCAGAGUCUAAACCCCUAUAGGGAUCAUUUAAAUUUUGCCCCUAAAGAGGCACUUUUCUCCCCUGCUCUUAUAGAGACCACUCUGGCGUUUCUAAGAUAGUCUCUGGUCGCAGUGGGACCUAUCAAGGAUAAUAAGUUCACUAUAGCUUGUGCGGAUAAUUUUGAGCCACCCUGCAUGUAGUUUUUCAUUCCAAAUCCAGUCUCAAAAACUGCCGCGGAGAUCUAUAAAAAAAAGUUAAGGAACAACAAAAGUCGGGAAUUUCAAUGUCCCGAUUGAGUUUUUUAGCACACACAGAAUAUGACGUCAAAUCAAUAUUCCGAGAAUUUUUUUUCCUAUUUAAUGGGCGUUUGAAAAUGCAACGUCAAGAAACUUUUAAAUAUCCUUUUUUCAAUGUUCUUGAACCGGUUUCUUAUUUACAUACCUACUUUUUUUGUUUUAUUUUUAGGCUGAGGGAAAAAGAACCUCGAAAAAGCAAAAAAAGUUAGUUUUGGAGGGUCUUUCGAGCUCAAUAUUCAGAAAUCCAGCCUUAAAAACUUGAAAACAAGUUGAAAUGAUAAUAAUAUCUUAACUUUCUUUUGAGAGCUUCCACGCUAUAAAACUGUAUAAAAUUCCACACAAUAAUUUUGAAGGGACAUCGAAAUGACGACGACGGUAAAAGUUCUGGUUCCAGUAGAAGAAUACAGCGGCGCCAACAUUGCUGUAUUGACUGAAAAAUUACUUGAAAGGGUUCGUUUUGGGGGGUUUUUUGCUACAGGAACUUUAAAUAUCACCCAGAAUCAUUUUCAAGUUUUUAACUGAUAGAAAUUUAGAAUUUACAACCAUUUUCGAUGAUUUUGGAGAGAAGUACGGAAAUAAAUUCAAUUUUUUCGGAAACAGAGCCUCGAAUCGAUUUUUUUUUCUAUGUUAUUUAAGGUCUUUACAAAUUUUUCAGCCUUUUUUCCUCAGUCUGAGAUUUUUUUUUCGAUUGAAAGUUUCUUGAAAAACUGUAACAAGAUAUCAUUAGAGAAGUAAAGAGGUCCUGAUAGUUUUGAGCGAUUUUGGUUGAAUUUCAGGCCUCAAUUGUAAAUUUCUUGCUUUUUUAUAGUUUUUAUUUUUUUACUGAGUAAUUUUUGGCUGGAUUUUCAGUGCUCGGCGAAAAUUGUGAAGUGGAUCAAAGACGGGAAACUUCCCCGUGCACCUUAUGAACAGCAAAUGGUCGUUUUCGAGCUUAAAAUCGUCUUGGCUCCCUUCAAGGGCAUCACUACCCGGUUUUCUCCCGUUUUCGCCCAUUUCUCAUCGUUUCGUUGCCCAGAAAAGCCCGUAUAGCCGAAUUUGCGGGGAGGUUCUCCAGAGUGACUGUGGCCCUCGGCCGACAGCAGCUCCUCCUCGAAUUCCCCAAAAUUUCCGAGAUUUUCAACUCUUCUGUGUAAGUUUCAACACUGGGGAAAGGUUGGAAAUGCGAUUUUCCAUAUAAUAAUUUUCGAGAAGGCUUGAUCGAAAUCUGAGCUUUUUCCUGCUUUUUUUAGGUUUUCUAAAUUAACAACUUUGCACUUCAUUUUAAGACCUUUCCUUAUUUUUGCCGAUGUUCCUUUAAAAAAGCAGGAGAUUAAAAAAAUUCUCUUUUUGGCAGUAUUUUUAUUCAAAUUGAUUAAUUUUAAACCUUUCUUCAGUUUGAAGAUGUGUAAAUCGAAAUUUAUUAACUGAGUUUAUUCCAGCGUUUUUGCAAAUUUUUAGAUUCCAGUGGUUUCUUUGAAAACGGAGAAGGCUCCGAAAAUAUGAACAAAUUGGCUCUUGUUUCGAAAAUUGAGCCAUUUGAGAGCAGGAAAUGCGCUCUAUGGAGAAAAAAAUGUGUUCAAAUUAUUUUUUUUGAAUGGAAUUCUCUCUUUAAAAGAAAUUUCAAGGAGAGUCUUUUACCCGACAAAAAAAUAAUGAAAUAAUUUAAUUCUUUGAAAGUUUCACGUCCAAAAAGGAUUUUUUUGCUGUUACUCCAGUUGGAUACCACAGAAGAGCUUCAAAAAAUAUUCGUGUACCUUCAAAAAAUUUCCGAGAAACGGUACUGUGUGAUUAUUCCAGCCCCCAACACACGGAUGUGACGGUUUUGGCUGUGGCCCUCGGAAAUUGUCCACAUAUUGGAAUGUUCUUCGACCGCGGCGAUUACGCUGCCAGCGACAACGAAAUUUGCAACUUGUGCGUGGUUUUCCUCAUCAAAAAAUCAACAAAUGAAAAAAAUGUGCUCUACUUAACUAUUUGUAAAAGGUAAUAUUUAUUUUUUCAAAGGUCCGUGAGAACCCUGAAGAGCCUACUUAGAUCUGAAACCUUGAAAAAGACAUAAAAUGAGUAUGAUGCGUAAAUUUCCUGAAAAUGAGCCGAUUCAAAGGGAUUUUAUCAAUGGAGCGCACAAGUGAAACUCAUAAAAGCCUUAUACCGGAACUUUUUGUUAUUAUGACCUGUAUAGGAGAUUAAAGUGAAGGACAAGUAGUUCUCUUUUUUUGCCCAAAAAAAGUUUUUUAGAUUUUGAAUUUCAAUUUUUUGCAGGUCCAACUGACUGUCAUAGGUAUUCGACUUAUUUAGCUAAUAUUUAUAGUUCUAUGAACCCUUCAAAAAUAUUUACUUUCUAGCUGGUUCAAGUGAAAAACGCGAAAUGUUUCAAAAUGCAAGAAAAAAUUUCCUCGGCAUGCCAAAAGUUGCUUCGAAAUAGUACAUUUUGUGUAUUUAGAGCAAUUUUUUUCGGGUUGUUAAAAAAAUAUUCCUUUUUUUCAUGAUGAUUAUUUUUUUAAUUUUUUUCCUUUUCACUAGUAAUUUUUCAAUAUUUACGCCGAUUUGUGAAAUGAUAGUCUCACGUGGAAUGGCUUUUUAAGGCGCAACCGAUCAAAAAACGACUUGCGCACGAGAGCAUCGAAAAAUCACUAUAGCAGAGCGAUUCCAUGUGCGGCCAAUUUUCGGUCAAAACGGGCUAGAAAAAAAUAUUUAUAAAUCUCCUGAACAAAUAAAAAAAGGAAAAAUUAAACAUUUUCUAGAAGAUUUUUUUCAAAAAAAUUGAAAGAAAAAUUUUAUAGCCGUCUUCGGCCCCCCCAGACAACGAUGUGACACGAGAAAAUCAUGCCUUCAAAAUUGCUGGUCAGUGGAAAUUCACUCAAAUUUUGAAAAUUUAUUGUAAUUUAGGCAAACAUCGAUACACUUCUUUCUCACGUUUCGAGCACGAUCGGAGGAUUCUUUUCGUUUAUUUUGGAGUUCAAGUUCAAAGUAAUUUUUUUCUAAGAAGGGCAAAGUCCAAAAUGACUUGAAAAUAGUUUCUGAGCGCUUUUUCAAGGCUUUUUUUUCAUCGCAAAGUUGUUUUUCAGGCCAAAAAUUGAGUAUAAAAGGAAAAGGUCAGGUAUUUCUAAAAAAAGGAAGAGUCCUUUCUCAAAAAAAGAAAAAUAAUAUAUUAAAAAAAGGAGAAAAAAACAGAUUUUUUUGUCCCCCCUCCCUUCCUUUUUGGGUCCCUUUUUUUAUCGCUUCUAUAAAAAAAUUUUUGUUGAAAGAAAAGAAAGCCAGAAUAAUUUCUAGAAAGAAGCGUAUUUUCUAAAAAUUGUGGACCUUUUUAGGAACUAAAAAAAGCCCCCCGUUGUUAGACAACAAAGAAGACAAAUGUUCCAGACUCAAAUAUCGUUGAAGGAAUAAAAAUAUCAAAGGAUUCCGCCUGGCCAUACCCUACCACGCUAUCCAUCAAGUUUCAAAUUGCCUAGUUUAUCCUCAAAAUCCCUUGAAUCUUCAGUUGGUUGUUGACUUCGGCAAGUACCCCAACAACGCUGUUUUUCUCCAUUUGA